AUGCUACGCGACGUUUCAUGUAUCGAUCAAAUAUCGUUUCCUAACCUGAUCUGGGCUGGGGCCGCUAUGCAGAUUGUUCGACACUGUCAGGAACUCACAGAACUAUAUUUACACCUGGACGAGUAUAUCAGACCAGAUAACCUAAAAUACUUGAAAAAGCGGCGCCAAGCCGUGUCUGAAGGUCUGAAAGAUAUCCCCCCUACAUUAAGGGGUUUUCAUUUCGAGAAUGUAGACGAGAGGAAUUGGAAGAAUGCCAUGCCGCCCUUGAAUGUUCUAUUCUCGAGCGUCGACACCCUAUCCAUCAGAAUCCGCGAACUGAGCCUUUCCCUUGGUGAGCUGGAACUGCUUCGAGUUCCUAUAUCUCUGGAUUUUCUGUGGCCUCUGGAUGCGAAAGAUCAUUCAUUACCAGCCAACGCAUCUUUACACUGGCCCAACCUGGAGACUUUGAAUUUAUAUCAAUUUCAGCCCUGGCUUCCUUCAGGGGAAUGGAUCGUUCGCCCUGAUGUAGAAGAGGAAGCCAUAAUUGCUGGGAUUGACGACUGGGAGGCAGAAAUCCGCAGCUAUGAAGUAGAUGCGUACAGCGACCCAUCUACGAGCAAGAGCAGUUUCAUCGAAUAUUCAUCUCAUUGGGCCGCCGCAAGGCGUAUGCCUCGCUUGAAGGCCAUCAACUUCGAUCUCAACCACUAUUUCUAUUUCAUUUCAGGUUCUCACGUGGAGCGGACUUGA